CCGGGCCGGGCUCGGGCUCGGCCCCCUGCCGCUUCGCCCACUACUUCGUGCUGUGCGGGAUCGACGCCGACAGCGGGCUGGAGCCCGACGAGUUAGCAGUCUUAUACCAGUGGCUAGAAGCAGAUCGCCUUGGCAAGAGCUCAGAUACUGCAGACAGAAAAUCAGGAGAAAAUUUUGACCAGAGUCCCUUAAGAAGAACAUUCAAGUCCAAGGUCUUAGCACACUAUCCCCAGAACAUAGAAUGGAACCCCUUCGAUCAAGAUGCGGUCAACAUGUUAUGUAUGCCCAAAGGGCUAUCCUUCAGGACUCAAACAGAUAACAGAGAUCCCCAGUUCCACUCAUUCAUUAUCACCCGGGAAGAUGGUUCUCGUACUUACGGAUUUGUGCUCACCUUCUACGAGGAAGUCACAAGCAAGCAAAUCUGCACGGCCAUGCAGACGCUUUAUCAGAUGCACAACGCGGAGCAAUGCAACAGCGUCUGCGCCUCAUCGUCGUGUAGCAUGGACUCUCUGGCGAGCAGUCUCGACGAAGGCGACUCCACGUCACUGGCGAAGAUGCAGCACUACAACUCGUAUGACAUCAACAGGGACACGCUGUAUGUCUCCAAGUCUAUUUGCCUCAUUGCUCCUCUGCCCUUCAUGCAAGCCUGCAAGAAAUUCCUCGUCCAGCUUUACAAGGCAGUCACUUCUCAGCAACCUCCACCUUUGCCCCUGGAGAGCUACAUCCAUAACAUUCUUUAUGAAGUGCCCCUGCCACCCCCAGGAAGGUCACUAAAAUUCUACGGGGUGUAUGAACCUAUUGUUUGCCAGAGACCUGGGCCUAAUGAACUCCCGUUGUCCGACUACCCUCUCCGGGAGGUUUUUGAAUUGCUGGGCUUGGAGAACCUCAUCCAGGUUUUUACGUGUGUUCUCCUAGAAAUGCAGAUCCUACUUUAUUCUCAAGACUACCAGCGUCUGAUGACGGUUGCAGAAGGGAUCACCACGCUGCUGUUCCCGUUUCAGUGGCAACACGUCUACGUCCCCAUCCUCCCUGCUUCCCUCUUGCAUUUCCUUGAUGCUCCUGUACCUUAUUUGAUGGGUCUGCAGUCCAAGGAAGGAACAGACCGUUCCAAACUGGAACUUCCCCAAGAGGCUAACCUCUGCUUUGUGGAUAUCGAUAACCAUUUCAUCGAGCUACCCGAGGAACUUCCUCAGUUUCCCAACAAGCUGGAUUUCAUCCAGGAAAUCUCGGACGUUCUCCUUCAGUUCGGGGUCCCCCUGGAGGCUACCCUCCAUUCUAGCGAGAGUGCCACUAAGCUGAAGAACCUUGUCCUGAACGAGUUGGCCAAUGAUAAAAAGAACGGGAACAUCCCCAGCAACACCAUCAACAUGUAUGAGCUGCUGAAAGGCAACGAAACCAUCGCCCGCCUCCAGGCUUUGGCAAAGAGGACAGGAGUGGCAGUAGAUAAAAUGAGCAUUACCGCUCCUCUGGCAGAGAAGGAAAGAGAUGUGAAGCUUCAGUGUGAAGAAGGGGAGCUAAGGGACUAUAAACUGAAUGUACAACUUCGGGAGGUCUUCGCUAAUCGCUUCACGCAGAUGUUUUCCGAUUACGAGGCCUUUGUCAUUCAAGCAGCACAGGACCGGGAGUCAUGGCUGACAAACAGGGAACAGAUGCAAAAUUUUGACAAAGCUUCCUUCCUUUCUGACCAGUCUGAGCCUUACCUUCCAUUCCUCUCUCACUUCAUCGAAACCCAAAUGUUUGCAACAUUUAUCGACAAUAAAAUUAUGUCCCAGUGGGAAGAGAAAGAUCCCUUUCUACGAGUGUUCGAUUCUCGGAUUGAUAAGAUGAGGCUGUAUAACGUCAGGGCUCCUGCCUUAAGAAUGUCUGCAUAUCAGAAGUGUGGCACUUUAAAAGAAGCAGCUCAGGCCAUCGAACAGCGGCUGAUGAAGAUCGAUCACACGGCAAUUCAUCCACACUUGCUCGAUAUGAAAAUAGGUCAAGGCAAAUACGAACAAGGCUUCUUCCCAAAGCUUCAGUCAGAUGUGUUAGCAACUGGGCCUACUAAUAACAAUCGGUGGGUUAGUCGGAGCGCUACAGCACAGCGCAGGAAAGAUCGCCUUCGCCAGCAUUCAGAACAUAUUGGUUUGGACAACGAUUUAAGAGAGCUAUCGAAGGAGUUCUUGAUUCAUCAGAACUCCAUGGCAUUCUGGGAGUGGGACCAGGGCCCACCCCCACCCGCACGACCACCUAAAAAAUCAUUCUCUGAAUGUUCCCUGAAGUACAUGCAAGAAGCAAGGACCUUGGGGAAAAAUUUGAGGCAGCCCAAACUCUCAGAUCUUUCUCCAGCUGUAAUUGCUCAGACAAACUGGAAAUUUGUGGAGGGUUUGCUCAAAGAAUGUCGAAUGAAGACGAAGCGUAUGCUGGUAGAGAAGAUGGGCCAUGAGGCAGUGGAGCUUGGACACGGAGAGGCCAACAUAACUGGUCUGGAAGAGAAUACUCUGAUCGCGAGUCUUUGCGACUUGCUGGAAAGAAUCUGGAGCCACGGUCUACUGGUCAAACAGGGAAAAUCUGCAUUGUGGUCCCAUUUAAUUCAGUAUCAGGACAGGGAAGAGAAACAGGAGCAUCUCGCAGAAUCCCCUGUUGCCGUUGGGCCAGAAAGAAGGAAGUCUGACACGGGACUUAUGUUACCUACUCUGAGAGUCUCCCUUAUCAGUGACAUGAGGCACAUUCAGAACAUGAGUGAAAUAAAGACGGAUGUGGGUCGUGCCCGAGCCUGGAUAAGGCUGUCCUUGGAAAAGAAACUUCUCUCCCAGCAUCUUAAGCAGCUUCUUUCCAAUCAAGCUCUGGCAAAGAAACUGUACAAGCGUUACGCCUUCCUGCGCUGUGAAGAAGAGCGGGAGCAGUUCCUCUAUCACCUUCUUUCACUCAAUGCUGUGAACUACUUCUGCUUCACAAGUGUCUUCACCACCAUCGUGAUUCCGUAUAGGACUGUGAUAAUCCCCAUUAAGAAGCUAAGCAACGCAAUCACCACAUCGAACCCGUGGAUUUGUGUUUCGGGAGAACUGGGGGAUACGGGAAUAAUGCAGAUUCCGAAAAAUCUUUUAGAAAUGACGUUUGAGUGUCAGAACUUGGGGAAAUUAACCACUGUUCAGCUAGGUCAUGACAACUCAGGGCUGUUAGCCAAAUGGCUGGUGGAUUGUGUCAUGGUCAGGAAUGAAAUCACUGGACAUACCUAUAAGUUCCCGUGUGGGAGGUGGUUGGGAAAGGGAGUGGAUGACGGCAGCCUGGAGAGAAUUCUUAUAGGAGAGCUGGUUUCGUCAGCAUCCGACGAAGAUCUAGGGAAGCAGUGCCGAACCCCACCUCAGCAGAAAUCCCCAACUUCGGCUCGGCGCCUGAGCAUCACCGCCCUCACAGGGAAAAAUACAAAACCCAACGCAGGACAGAUCCAAGAGGGAAUUGGGGAAGCGGUGAACAAUAUUGUGAAACACUUUCACAAGCCAGAGAAAGAGAGGGGAAGCCUCACUGUUCUGUUGUGCGGAGAAAAUGGCCUGGUUGCGGCACUGGAGCAGGUCUUCCACCACGGUUUCAAGUCUGCACGUAUAUUCCAUAAAAACGUCUUCAUCUGGGACUUCAUAGAGAAGGCCGUUGCCUACUUUGAGACCACAGACCAGGCUGGAGACAACGAAGAGGAUGUGCUUCUCCAGAAAUCCUCCUACGCAACAUUCUUCCGCUACGUCAAUGCCAUCAACACAGCUCCACGCAGCAUAGGGAAGGACGGCAAGUUCCAGAUUCUAGUUUGCCUGGGAACUCGGGAUCACUUGCUCCCCCAGUGGAUCCCGCUGUUGGCAGAGUGCCCGGCCAUCACCCGGAUGUACGAAGAAAAUGCGCUUCUGCGGGACCACAUGACAGUGAACUCUCUCAUCAGAGUCCUACAGACCCUGCAGGACUUCAACAUCAUCUUGGAAGGGUCUCUCGUUAAAGGGGUCGACGUGUAGCAUGGCUUUGCAGGCAGGCUCCUCUGCCCUCUCCUAGGCAAACAAAAUAUAUCACAUUUGGGAGGAGGGAGAGGGAACCUAUUAAAACGUAGUUGCUCAUGGUAGUGCCCCGUACUGUAUGUUACAAUUGGCUUGUUGAUAGGAGGGAGUAGGUGGA